AUGUUCUCCUCCAUUCACAAACUAUUCUUCGUUAUUGGCACCUUAUUCUUGUUGCUCUUUUCUCAUACGUUUACUCCCGUGUUGUUCCUUGUUCAUGGAAGCAACACCAACACCACCACCACCUCUUGUUUCGGCAUCUCCCAAACCAACAACACCUAUGUGUGCAGUGGUCAUGGCUCAUGCAUUGCCACGGACGUUUGCACAUGUAAUUCUGGUUGGGUUGGAUCGGACUGUUCCCUGAUGGGUUGUUUUGGAAUUCAACAAUACGCAUCCAAUGUUUGUAGUGGACAUGGAACUUGUCUCUCUUCCAAUCGUUGUAAUUGUUGGUAUCCAUGGGGUGGUGAAAAUUGCUCCUUGCCAUUGUGUUAUUCUGUUUUAGCAAAUGCAACUUCUGUAUGCCAUGGAAGAGGUUCAUGUGUCGCUCCAGAUACAUGUGUCUGCAAUGAUGGCUUUACUGGACUCAACUGUGAGUUAUUGACCAAUGAAACUGGAACCUGUUGGGAUUCAAGUGUUGAAGGAGCUCCAAAACCAAUCAUUACUUCAUUUAGCACUUCGGACGGCAUAUGGUUUUCGGUGAAUUUCACACAGGAUGUCAAUGCUGAAUUCUCUCAUGUCAUGUUCAUUGGAGACAAUUCAUCCUUCCAUUCAGAUCAAUGUUUGUUGAGUGGUGGUGAGAGAGUGGAUUUGAAAUUGGCAAUUUUCACACCUUGUCACAAGGUCUAUUAUUCUCAAAUUCUCAACUUGGAGUAUUUGGCUCUAAACACAAAUUUAACAACAGAAUUGAUAGGAGAUUAUCUUAAAAUCACCAUUCCCAUUGCUCUCUAUUAUCUUGAUGAAAAGGGAUUGUCAAAUGGUGGUUUUUGCAGAGCCUUCAAAUUCACCACUACUCAAGUCAUUUAUGUGAAAAUCUCUGCAACAGUCAUCUCCUCUUUCAAUGAAUACUCUCCGUUGAAUCCCUAUGGUGUGAAUUUAUACACUCAACAAUUGACCACCAAUGCAUUGACAGGAGUUCUUCAAGUUCAAAUGAUCCUUCGAACUUCAAACACAUCACUCAGCUCAUUCACAUUCUACAAUACUACAAAUCCAAAUUACGUUUUUCAAGUGUCCAUGAUUUCAUUCUUGUAUCAGAGUGGUCCCUUUAGUUUUUAUCAAAUUCAAAUGUCUUCCAACGUGAAAGUGAAUGAUUACAGAGCUCUCACCUUCUUCAAAGCUUCUUUGAGAGUAAAUGGAGUGUUAGAUGAAUUGAUUAAUUACAUUCCUUUCAAAAUUGAUUAUUCGAUUGUAGAUGCUCCUUCGGAUAAGAACUUUUCUCUUGUCCCCGUCAUGUUUAUAUCAUCAGCUGACUGGACAUCAAAAUCAGUGUUCCAAACAGGUGAGAAAGUGUUGGUUAAGGUUCAAACUUCAUCUGUGCUCGGAAACAAUCAUCUUAUCGUCAAUGAUGCCUAUUUGUGUUGUUUCAAGACAUUCACACCAACUCUGUCCUACAAUCCCUCACAAGGAGAAUAUGGAUGUUCUCAAUUCAAUUCUGCAACGAUGGAUGUUUGGAAACCCAUCAUUAGCAAUCGAGUUGGAAAUUCAGAAUUGGAAACUCAAUUGAUACCCUUUCCACAAGCGAAGCGAUAUUAUGGAUUUUCAUUCACUCUCAUUCCUUCCUUGUUUCCUCAAAAGUAUUCCAAUACAACCACCUCGUGUUUUGUUCAAUCGAAUGUGGGAGCGACUGCAUUCUAUCGUUCGGUGGUUUCAAGUAAUAGUGAUGAAUAUGCCAGUGGAGUGAUUGUGGUGAAAGUGUUGCCCUCCACCAAAGGACAAGAGAGUACCACCAGAGUUUCUGAAGGUUCUUUCUCAAUGGUCUCAAUGGCUGAAAGUGUUUGUUUGGUGGUGAUCAUGGCUCUCUUACUCAUGAUGAUGUAA